CGGGCCCCAGCGGGGCGCGGCCGCGGCCUGAGGGCGGCCAUGUCCGGGGUGGUGCGGACCUUCAGCCGCUGCUUGCUGCCGGCCGAGGCCGGAGCCCGCGAGCGCAGGGCGGGCGCGGCGCGCGACGCGGAACGCGAGGCCCGACGGCGCAGCCGCGACAUGGACGCGCUGCUGGCCUGCGCGGUGCGGCGGCUGGUCAAGAUCCUGCUGCUGGGCGCCGGCGAGAGCGGCAAGUCCACCUUCCUCAAGCAGAUGCGCAUCAUCCACGGCCGGGAGUUCGACCAGAAGGCGCUGCUGGAGUUCCGCGACACCAUCUUCGACAACAUCCUUAAGGGUUCGAGGGUGCUUGUGGACGCUCGAGACAAGCUCGGCAUUCCCUGGCAGCACUCUGAGAACGAGAAGCACGGGAUGUUUCUGAUGGCCUUCGAGAACAAGGCAGGGCUGCCUGUGGAGCCUGCCACCUUUCAGCUCUACGUGCCNGCCCUGAGCGCCCUCUGGAGAGACUCGGGGAUCAGGGAAGCCUUCAGCCGAAGAAGCGAGUUCCAGCUGGGUGAAUCAGUGAAGUACUUCCUGGAUAACUUGGACCGGAUUGGCCAGCUGAACUACUUCCCCAGUAAGCAAGACAUCCUGCUGGCUAGAAAGGCCACCAAGGGAAUCGUGGAACAUGACUUCGUUAUAAAGAAAAUCCCAUUUAAGAUGGUGGAUGUGGGCGGCCAGAGGUCGCAGCGCCAGAAGUGGUUCCAGUGCUUCGAUGGGAUCACAUCGAUCCUGUUCAUGGUGUCCUCGAGCGAGUANGACCAGGUCCUCAUGGAGGACAGGCGCACCAACCGGCUGGUGGAGUCCAUGAACAUCUUCGAGACCAUUGUCAACAACAAGCUCUUCUUCAAUGUCUCCAUCAUCCUCUUCCUCAACAAGAUGGACCUCCUGGUGGAGAAGGUGAAGUCUGUGAGCAUUAAGAAGCACUUCCCAGAUUUCAAGGGCGACCCGCACCGGCUGGAGGACGUCCAGCGCUACCUGGUGCAGUGUUUUGACAGGAAGCGCNGGAACCGCAGCAAGCCCCUGUUCCACCACUUCACCACCGCCAUAGACACCGAGAACAUCCGCUUCGUGUUUCAUGCUGUGAAGGACACGAUCCUGCAGGAGAACCUGAAAGACAUCAUGCUGCAGUGAGAGACAGCCCCUCUGCUGUCCUCUCGGCCUCUGGGGCUGUGGCCGCCCACNUGGCUCUGGUGUGUCUGCCACCUGCGUGGACCUGCAGUGGGCAUCUCGAAUCCACACCAUCGUUAGAUGGUAUUAACCUGGCUCAAGAGUGCUGAACCACCAGCCACACCAGCGAGCUCCGGGCAGGAGGACGCGAGUGUCACUGAUAGCUACUGAAUCGGGGACUGUGAGACUACUGAAUCCACACCAUCGCUCUGCUGUUGAUCUGUGAAACCUGGGGACACAGC